GUAGUGGUUGUAUUUAAUCUUAAUUUAGGCUCUAUUCGGUGCAACAAUUUAUGAAAAUAUUGCUUACGGUAAAAACGACAACAAUGUUACAAUGAAAGAAAUCGAAGAAGCAGCUAAAAAAGCAAACGCACAUUAUUUCAUAAUGAAAUUGCCCGAUGUAAUAGCAGUUAGGAUACCGAAAUUUCCAUAAAUUAACUAUCAAAAUUUUAGAAAUAUCAAACAUUUGUUGGAGAAAAUGGAUUACAAUUAAGCGGAGGAGAAAAACAGCGAAUUUGUAUCGCGCGAGCAUUAAUUAAAAAUCCCAAAAUUUUAUUGCUCGAUGAACCUACAUCAGCACUAGAUAAUGAAUCAGAAAAAAUUGUUCAAAAAGCGCUGGAUGACGCAUGUAAAGAUCGUACAACGAUUGUUAUCGCACAUCGUUUAUCAACCAUUCGUCAUGCUAAUAAAAUCUAUGUGCUCGAACAUGGUCGACUAAUUGAAGAGGGUACACAUGAAACAUUGAUGCUGAAUGAACAAGGAAAAUAUUAUGAGAUGGCUCAAAUGCAACAAUCAAUACCUGAAACAAUGGACGAAAAAGAAGAAGACUCUGACGAAUCAGACCAAUACGUAAAAGGCUUUAAGAUGAUCAGUUUUUGUGAAGUAUUUCCUAAUGCUGCACAAUUUUUUAAUAAUUUUUUAUUUGCCUGUUCCGGCGAAUGUCUGACGAAACGUUUGCGAUCAAAUGCGUUUUUAAUUAUUCUUCAACAAGAAUUAGGUUGGUUUGAUAAACAAGAAAAUAAUACUGGAGCAUUGUGUAGAAUGUUGGCAUCAGAUGCAGCAGAAAUACAAAGCAUAACCACUCUUCGUCUUGGCACAUUUUUUGAGACAAUGGCAAGUUUAUUAGGUGGUUUAAUAAUCGGAUUAAUUUACAGUUGGCGUCUAACAUUUGUUGUUUACGCAUUUAUAUUAUUAAUGAUUUUAUUUGGGGUGCUUAAAAUGUAUAUAACAACAACGUUUAUUAACAAGGAGAAACAGAUGUUCGAACAUGCCAGAAGGUUAGUAAUUGGAUCAAUUCAAAAUAUACGUACAAUUAAGCAAUUAACAAAAGAGAAUGAAUUUGGUAACAAGUUUUGUUCAAUGUUAAAUAAAUCAUUGCAAUCAUCAGUUGGCAAAAAUUUUCAUUUAUUUGCUAUAUUGUACGCAGUUGAAACGAGUGUUAUAUUUUUUAUUAUACCAAUUGUUUUCUAUGCAGCAGUCUGUUUGAUUCAACAUAAUCAAAUUAAACCCGAAAAUGUUAUUAUGUAA